AUGGCGCAGAUCCCCAAAAAUCCCACCACCAUCGAUCCCGCCGACAACAACGCCGCACAGCCAGACCAUCCCUACCAACCCUACAUGGACACCAAACCGCCACCGAACGCCGGCCUCUCGGACGCCAACGGCAUGCCGCUCACGGAACGAGAGAUUGAAUCGCUCGAGAAACAGGCGCGGGCCGAGCGCGAAACGACGCCCGAGCCCAAGGAUUUCAACAUUGCGUUCCCGGACAACCUGCCCACCCCGCCGUUCUUGCACGUCGACGGCGUCCCCAACUUCAGAGACCUAGGCGGAUACCAAUGCUUGCCCCCAACAACGGUUGUGACAGGUGGUGGUGAUGCGUCAUCCGACACCGCCACUGCUACUGCUGGUGCUGCUGGUGCUGCUACCGCAGACGGCAAGACCUACGUCCUGAAGAGGAAUCUACUCUACCGCUGCGCGCACCCGACCCACCUGACGCCCCAGGGCCUGACGUACCUCACGACGACACUAAACGUGCACGACAUGUACGACCUGCGGUCCGCCCCGGAGAUCUCGCGCCUGGCAGCGACGGUGUCGUCGAGCGGCAAGGCCGUCUACCCUCUCGCGGACCCGCACACGGGCUGCCUCCUCGACUCUCUCCCGGGCCUGACGCGGCACUUCGUCCCCGUGUACCAGACCGAGGACUACGGGCCCGUGGCGCUGGCGCGCAAGCUGCAAUGGUACACGGCCGAGCAGUCGUUCGACCCGGCCCACGACUUUGCGUACAGCGAGGGCUUUGUGCGCGCGUACCGCGACAUCGCCAUGCACGGCGCGGGCGCCUACCGCGUCAUGUUCCGCCAUUUGCUCCGCCAGCCCCAACCCCCCCAGCCGCUGGUGUUCCACUGCACGGCGGGCAAGGACCGCACGGGCGUCUUCGGCGCGCUGGUCAUGAAGCUGGUGGGUGUCGACGAGGAGACCAUUUGCUGGGAGUACGCGCUCACCGAGCCCGGGUUGGGCGCGUGGCGGAAAGAAUUCAUCGAGCGCAUCAGCCAGACCGGUCUAGGUGGUGGCGGUGGGAAGGCCCCGGCUCAGAACGGCGAUGUUUCUCGACCCGCCAUCUCGCGCGACGAGGCCGCCCGCAUCUGCGGCAGUCGCGCCGGCAAUAUGCGCGCCUUCCUCCGCACCGUGCUGGACGGCGAGUUCGGCGGGAUCCAUGCCUACCUGACGGAUCGGUGCGGGCUCACGGCCGAGGAGGUGCAGAGGCUGCGGGACGCGCUGAUCGAGGAGGUACCUACGCAGGAAGUGCUGGGACGGGUCGAGAUCGAGGGGUGGACGGCCGAGGGGGGGUGCGUGGAUUAA